ACUCCGUCCAUUCCAGCUCAUAGGAUUCUUAUUAAAAAUGUUUGUGUUGUUGUGUAGAAGGGAGGAAAUCAGUCAACAUACUGGAAUCAACUCGCAAAUUCAGAUUUUGUUCUUGAGCUGAAAAAUCCAGGAUCAGUGUGGUUCUGUAGCGGUGGAGACGUUUCACUCUGCUUCGCUCUGCGUUGCAGGUUGUUAUCCCAGAUCCUCGCUGCAGAGAGAAAGGCUUCACCAAACCGGUGACUUACUGAUGUUAAAAUCCACCUGUACCACCUGUAGCUGUUUUCACGACCUGUGUCCUGCAGGUUCACUUUCACAGGAGGCUGCGAACAAACUGAUUAUUUCUGAGGAAAGCUAAAUUUUAACACACACACACACACGUGUGAUGAGCUAUUUCCUGACAACACCCCAUGACUCUGUCUGUGGAGGAGAGUGCUGUGUUCAUCUGCUGGCUUCCUCAUCCACUGCUCAGAUCUGUGACACACCGCACACUCUCUGUGGGUGUUCAGCUGCUGCAGAACAAACAGGGCAGCAGAAAAUGGACGGAUGUUUUCUGCAUGUUUAGAAUGAGCUGAUUUUGUAAAAGUACUGUGACUUUGACCAGCAGAGAUGGACAUGUGGUCUUCUAAAGCACAGGUUGCCACCUGGAUGGUGGUGAGCGUCCUCGGUGUGUUCUCUUAUGAGGUGACGGUAAAGAACUCUGACCUGAAGCUGUGCAGAGACAACGAGAAAGUGUGUGUCACUGACCUCAGAUACUGUGGCCCUGGACCACCCUCAUCUAUACAGAAGACUCUGAACAUGUCGUGUUACUUUGAGAAGUCACACAGAUCCAUGACAUGUGAGUUGAGUGAGGAGGCAAACAGCCACAUUAAGCCGGACGUCUCCCUCGUCUUCAGCAGGGAGAGAAGAAUCAUCUCCUGUCAGGCCAUCUUCAACCCGGCAUCCAUCCUCAACAUAACAGCCAGGAUCAAAAGCUUCGUGAUGGGCAGUGAGAUCCGAUCCCAGCCUCUCACUGUGUUUCUCUAUGAUGCAGUCAAACCCUCUCAGCCUGUGUUAACUGUCCUUAGCUCCACUGAGGACUCGGUGGUUGUGUCCUGGAGAAGCAGCAGUGACGACAGCUGUUGGCUUCGCUACAGAGACAACAACGCUCAGACUUCAUCUCAGUCUCUAGUUUCCGUUCCCGUACAUCAAGAUCAGGUGCUGGUCCACACGAUCGGAGACCUCCUGCCGUUCACCAGCUACAGAGCUGCUGUGGCUUGCAGGGGGGAGUCUGGCAUCUGGAGCAGCUGGAGCCCUGACGUCACCGUGAGGACACUGGACAGAGUGCCCUCCAGGCCUCCAGAGGUGUGUUACAGGGUGGAGAAAACAGACCCUGGAGGGGUUCCAGGGUCCGUUUCCGUUCGUCUCAUGUGGAAGGACCUCGACCCCCGUGAGGCUGGAGGUCGUAUCCUUGGAUACCAGGUGAGCUACCAGCCAGUGAAGAAGCAGCACCUGCGGGACAGAACCAUUCCAAGCGUCACAGAGACGGAGGCGCUCCUGGUGGCGGAGGAGGGGAACUACAGUGUCGCUGUUUCAGCCUUCAACACGGCCGGCUCCGGACCUGCUGCACGUCUCAGCAUCGACACACAGCGACAGAACAAUCUCCGGUCAGUCAGAAACCUGUGGGUUUCCAGUUUGCUCCCAGAUAUCAAAGGCCUUCGGGUCCAAUGGGAGCCCCCCACCGCCCCGCCCUCCGCCUUACCUGUCAGUCAUUUUGACGUCCAGUGGCGCUCUGAGACGCGUCCGUCCUCAAGCCGUCGGUCCACAGUGAACGGCUUCAACACCUCCACUGUCAUACAAGAUGUUGACCCUGAUGACUCGUACCUGAUCAGCGUGGUCCCCGUCUCGGAGCAGCAGUGUGGAUCUCCUCGGUCCCUGCCUGCCAGUCUGCAGCAGGGAGCUCUGAUGGAGGCGGUCCAACUGAAGGUCGUUAGCGUGACCAAAACCCUGGUGAUGGUGGAGUGGGCGUGGCAGAGGAAGUCUGGAUCAACGGCAGUGAGCAGAUACAGAGUGAUGCUGAGGAAGAACUCAGAGGGACAACAGACUAUUCGAGCUGUGUCUGUGUGGCCGGACCAGUGGCAGCACACCUUUCCACACCUGAGACCUAACACUGAGUACCAUCUGCUCCUGAUGGCGGACAAUGUUUCCAGAAACAUCAUCACCGUCAGAACAGGUUUUGACGAGGUCCCGGUGGUGGCUACAGCGACUCCUCUGCUGCUGCUGGCUGUCACUGUCAUCAUCAUCAGCAUCCUGUCCAGGACUGUGUACAAGUCGUACUUCUUCCCCCCGAUCUCCAGCCCUUGGGGCAGUGAGGCGGGCCGGUGGCUGAUGGGCCCAAACCACCAGAAAUCAGCAGAGAGGAGCAUCCUGGAUAUCAGAGACUUCCAGGUGACGGAUAUACUCGGAGAGAAAAGUGGCAUCAUGGUCGUUCCAAACUCUCCUCUGUCAUCAGGGGAGGACGUAGGUAAAGAGAGCUCUGUGCUGCCACUCAGUCACCUCAUCAUCGACCUGGACUCACAGGAUGUUUCUGAUACCGAGCACCAACUCCGGCCCCAUCAUGUGUCUGAUGAGAACCAAGAGGCCGACGCCGCUCUGCUGCAUCACAUGUGUGAAGCUAAUGGACGGUUUCCUUGUGAAGAGGAAGAGCACAGGCAGCUUGACCCCUCUGACCCCGCUGUAAAAUCCCAUCUUCAUGAGCUCCUGGCAAACACCGACAGCCUGAGCUCUGCCUUUCAGGGGGAAACCGAUGAGACAGUGAGCGGACAGACGGACUGUCCUUAUCUGAUCUGUGAGACCGGCUAUAUAGCAAACAGCUGCUUCACUGCAGAAAUCACUGAUGAAGACAAAGCAAAGCAAACAGUGUCUGUAUUGCAAUAGGUCGUUGGCAUAGCAGGAAAAAUGAGACCUAGAGAGCUAGCGACCCCUUGUGGCUGUAACUUUGCAAUGCUAAUGCUUUUUUUGUCCAUUACAAAAAGGUGAAAGAAACAACAGUAAAACAUGCACACAGUAUGUAUGUUAACAUGCCAGUGUUUAGUAUGCAGUGUUUAUCAUGUUAGCAUGUUAACAUGAAUAUUUACAAUAUUGACAUGUUUGUCAGAAUUUUGCCAUAAAACUUUAUUUCCAGUUAAUGUCAGGUUGAGGAAGCGUUGAGCUUCAGUCGCUGGUUUGACCUUCACAUCAACUGCUGCACAGAUUUAUCGUCCUUCUCAGGGAAAGUCAUCUUUGUUUUGAUCACACAAUCAUUCAGUCCUCUUCAAUACUGCAUUAGACUACAUUUAAUCGAUGUAUCCUAUAACUAUGACCUUUUUAUUCUGUUCUUAUUAUAACAGUAAUCAGGAAAUGUUUAAUAUCACAGUGUAACUGCUUCUUGGCAAUGCAAAAAACAGGCAGAUGUUAACAUAAAUAUUCAGGCUUAUUAAAAUUAGACAAAGUUU